AUGUGCGAUCUUUCGUCGGAUCUUUCACGCCUGUACUCGACCGGAGAAUUUAGUGACUUCGUAAUCGGUGUGGAAGACAAGGAAUUCCCUGUCCACAAGGCUGUUCUGGCUGCGCGCUCACCGGUAUUCAGGGCCAUGCUAGGAUUCCCUGCGAAAGAAAGUCAAGAGAACAGGGUGACCAUUGAAGACCUAAAGUCUGAUGUCGUAGAGCAAAUGCUGAUGUUUAUGUACACGGCUGCGGCUCCAGAUAUCGACAGGAUGGCUGAAGAUCUGCUGCUAGCAGCUAACAAGUACCAAUUGCCGCGCCUGGUGACGAUAUGUGCAGAACACCUGAGGUCAAAGCUGUCCAUAGAGAAUGCCACUGAUAUGUUGCUGUUGGCAGACGCAUGCAACCUGCCCCAGUUUAUGUCAGUGGUGACACACUUUAUCGGGGUAUUCCGGGAAGAUGUCGUCAAGACAGAAAGUUUCCAAAGACUGCUUAAGGAUCGACCAGAGUUCAUCGCAUCAAAACGUCACAUAUUUGAAUCAGAAUGGGAAUGCUCUUCAUGGAAAAGAUGCCGAUGA